GAUUCCAGUUCUUUUAGUUGAACAUCUUCUGUUUUUAGGAGAGACCUGUGGACCAGGGAUUGCGUCCAGAUUUUAUUUUUGGGACUGCAAUGGCGUGGCUGGUAGUUUAGUGUUUUGGGAUCGCAUUUUUGUCUUAAAGCAUGACAUUUUUGUUUAUUAUACAGUGUAUUUUUCAGCUGAAAACUGCCACCAUCAGUUCUUGAUCCUGUGGCUACGAGAGGCUUCACCGGGGAUUUCCUCCAGAGGAACGGUCGCCAGAUAACAUUCCUAUUUUAUUUUAUUUUUUCCUCCGGAGAGACUUGCCAAUGUACGAUCACCAAUGACUAUUAACAGCCUGUUUGUUUCGGGGGAAGUAGUAUUAGGGAAUGGGAAUUAGGAGGGCGUGGGAUUUAAAUUCCCUUGUUUGAUUGGAGGACAGGGGAAUUGAUGAUGGACGGGGAAAGGGAGUUGCCCGUCAAACUCCCACUAUCUCUUCCCACGGGGGCUCUGGUAAUUGAAGGAGGGAAUGGGAAAUGAGAGAGAAAAAACCAAUCGCCAUGUUCGUUGCUCCCAUCCCGCAAGCUGCGGAAACAAGAUUCCCACGACUAACACCCACCCCAAACAAGGAUUAGGACUAAUAGUCCACUUCCCAUGUCUAAUCUCUCAGCUAACUCCAACUUAAAAAUUCCCAUGCCUUUUCCCACGGACUGUAAAGACUUCCGAUCUCUUGGAUCCACUGCCACCGCCAUAUUCAUCUCCUCGCCGAUUUUCCCCACCUAUACGCACACGUGAAAGCUCAAAGAAAUCAUCAUGGUCAAGGAAAUCAAGCAGAGCAAAGCCGUCUUCGUCUUCCCGCGGUGCUUUGGCCUUCGCCGCGCAACACGUCCCCGCCACGGCAGGAAGGAGAAGGAGCGUCCUGCUUCUCGGCCAGCAGAUUGGAGGGACUGGGCGGCGCUGCCCGUCACCGCCCUGCGCGCGAUCUUCAAGCGCCUUCAGACGGACGUCCUCCGAGGGACGGGGCCGGGGCUGGCGUGCGCGUCGUGGCGGCGGGCGGCCGUCGAGGACCCGCUGCUAUGGCGCCGCAUCGACCUCGCCUCCGACGAGGACAUGCAGAGGGACGGUCCGGUAGGAUGGGAGGCGAUGGCGUGUGCCGCCGUGGACCGCAGCGCCGGCCUGUGCGAGUCCUUCCGCGGCCGCGUCGACGGCGACUUCCUCGUCUACCUCGCCGACAGGGCGCCGUUGCUGAAGAGCCUCCACGUGACAAGCUCGUUCGACAUGGACCACAACAAGCUUGGCGCGUUGGCGAUGGAGAAGCUGCCCCUGCUGGAGCGGCUCGUGGUGGCGAAGGGUUUCUUCGACGAGCGUAUGCUGUGCGCUGUCCUCGACCACUGCCCGCGUCUCCGGCUGCUCGACGCCGGCGGCUGCUACACCUUUAGACAACAGUUUUGUUAG